AUGGAAGCGACCAAGAAGACUAGAACCAGGAGAGUAAACUCGGCCAUGAAAUGUCAGAACAAGGAAAUGGCGUCAAUGACGCGGUCUGACAGCAACUACAUUGACACCCCUAUAUGGCCGUCUAAUACUGACUCGAAUGAAUAUUUUGUUGCUAACAAGAAUGAAUUGAAUAAAGAAGAGGAAGCAGAAGCAGUAGUAAUAGUAGAAAAAGUAAAAGAAGAAAACAUGUUAUCGGAUAAUUUAGAAACAAAGAAACCGCCUCCUAAUUGGUUCAUUGUGCAGGAAGUAAUAAAUCGACAAAUAGGUAGUAAUCCAUUAUUCCAAAGAAGAUUUUGUAGUUCUUUACAUGCAGUAAAUCGACUGGAGUUUAAGUACAAACUCCAUGACGUUGAGGAUGUAAAUGCCUUAAGUUUCAAUCAGAAAGGAAACUUAUUAGCAAGAGCCUCUGGCGAGACAAUUUCUAUUUGGGAUUGGGCUGCAAGGAAAAAGUGUUGUUGCCUUCCAAAUGGCUAUGUCUUCCUAAUAAGCGAGGUCAAAUGGCUGCCUUUAGACGUAGAAAAUUUUAUGGUCACUCGUACUUUCGAUGGUGAUAUACAUUUAUUAGAUCUGGAAUACAAAUCAUGGAAACGAUUGUUGCACUAUAAAUUAUCCCUUCAUGAUUCACGUAGACAAUAUUUUAUGAAUGACAGGUCAUUAGCUGUGCAUCCUGAAAUACCCUAUGUCGUGUUUUCUACUGGAAACGGCUCAAUUUCAUCCAUAGAUAUCCGGGAGGAUACACCAAAGGUGUAUGAUCUGCGAAAUAUUUCGAAACCACUUUAUCAAUUGUGGACCACCAAGUAUGACAAGGAUUAUUAUGGGUACGGCCGUGGAACAAUCGCCAUGUAUAAUCACGAUGGGACAGAGAUUCUCACAUCGUGUAAUUCUUCCAGAAUAUUAUUAUUUGAUAAAUCAAUGUGGUCAUGUGAAGGAAAUUCGAAUCAUACAUUAUUUGAAAGCAAUCAAUUUAGAUCUGUACCUGGUGUACCUGCUGAUAUAGCCGACAGAUAUUCUAGACUUAUACUUGGAAUCAAUUUUUUCGGACCUAGAAGUGAAUUUAUUAUAUCUGCAUCCGAUGGUGGUGAUAUAUUCAUUUAUGACAAGGAGAAAAGAACUGCGGCACAGUGGUUGAGAGAAGAUUACAAAUUCGUGGAUUCUCAUCACUGCUUAGGUCAUCCCCAUAUUCCUAUCCUUGCAACGGCAUUUGAGUCCAGUGUCCUGAUAUGGAUGCCUUCGAGGAAUGAAGAUCGAAAAAAAUUUAGGACUGUUCCACCGUCACCACGAGGACCACCUUCACCACCGAGUCCGUCCACUUCAGAGGAGCGUUAUUGGACAUUACCCGCAACUCCAACUUCACAAAGAUCUCCGCCAUAUCGAGUACAGUCACCUCAAAUUGUACGGAGAUCUACGAGACCUCGCAACCCUCCACUACGUUAUACACCAAGCUAA